CAGCUGUAAUACUGUCUCGUGCUCGGCUCGUUCGGUCUUGCAAUCUCGUCAUGUGACCAGCCUUUUCGAGGUGUGACGCAACCGAAACAGAGAUGGCGCGGACGGGUGAUAUCUCAACAUCGACGCCGACACAAGUUGCAGAAAGAGGCGGAAUCCUCUAAAAUUUCGUACAUUCAGUCGCUUUACUCUACAGCAUAUCUGGUCCUCCGUCACAAUAGCAGAGUGUAUCUUGCUACCCAGACAACGCAAAUCAGAUACUUUGAUCUCACAGGCUGGACAACAUGGCGUCCGGGUCAGGGCAGUCAAACCAGCUCCUCUAUGCCUGCAUCGCGCAUGGAGACACCAUCUUGACCGAACACACAUCCCCGGGCACCUCUUCGUCGUCCGCCUCGUCUCUCGCCUCGGUCAUUCUUCCCAAGAUCUCUCAUUCCACCCCUGCCAAACUGACCUACACGCACGACCGCCUCUUUGUACACUAUAUCGCCGAUUCGCCGUCUUCUACUAGCAACAGCCCAGACGAGCAGUUGUCGAGCCAUGCGGCGCUUACUUAUCUUGUGGUUGCGCAGACCGAAAUGGGCAGACGCAUACCGUUUGCAUUCCUCCUCGAAUUGAAGAAGAAGUUUUUGGCCCAGUACAAGCCUGAAUCUACAGACUUCCAGGCGCUACCGGCCUAUGGAACAGCAGCGUUCAAUACGACAUUAAAGGCGAUGCUACAACAAUACAACACAGCACCACCGAGCGAUGCCCUGACGAAUGCGCGCAAAGAGAUUGACAGUGUGAAGGACAUUAUGACGGAGAACAUCGAAAGAGUGCUGGAGAGAGGGGAGAGGAUUGAUUUGCUGGUGGACAAGACUGAUCGUUUGGGAGGCAGCGCGAGGGAUUUCAGAGUACGCAGCCGCGGUCUGAGACGACAGAUGUGGUGGAAGAAUGUCAGGGUGAUGGUACUGUUGACGGUCGUGGUCAUCUUCUUGAUAUAUCUGUUCGUUGGCUUUGGAUGUGGUCUGCCUGCUUGGGGCAAGUGUGUGGGCUGAGAAUGGGUAGAGUUGAGGCGUUGGGGUGGGAUCUUGUCUUUCUCUGGUGCGUUAUGGAAGGUCACGGUUUACUGCAGCGUGUUGUGGGAGUCACCGAUACAAAUAUCAUGGAUCAAAUCUCUGCUGAUGAUCUCGAAAUAUGCGGCAGUACAUUCGCAAUGUGCUUUAAGUCUAUCAAUCCUUAUGUUGUGGCACAAGUAGCCCUAGGCUACGUCAAUGCUCAAAGAAGCUUUGGGCGGGUCUGGCUUCAGUGGCUUGAAUAAAUAAAUAAGAACCCUUUACAAGCAAAUUAGUCCUUGCUUCACGUU